CCAUGAUGCCAGAGGGAGAAAAAGCCUGAGCGAGGUGAUCCGCCUCCACUCGGCCCUGGAAGGAACCAGGCCUCCGCAACAGCCCUUUCCCCUGUGUGGUCAUGACGGCCUCUCGGCACAGUGACUCUCUGGUGCUGCUGUUUGGGGCAACUGCUGGCGCGCAGGGGGCUAAACUGGGCUCGGAUGAGCGGGAGAUAAUUCUCUUGGUGUGGCAAGUGGUGGAUCUGCACGGCGAGAAGGUGGGAACCCUGCACAAGUCUCUGGUGAGAGCAGACAACCCAGAGCUGAGCGAGUCGGUCAGGGAACUGAGUGGACUGAGCGCCGAGGGACUGGCCCAUGCCGAACCCCUGGACAAAGUUCUGCAGCAGUUCAGCCAGCUAGUGGCCAGUGACUUGAAGCUGCUGGGACGGAGCUGCUACACCCUUUGCACUGAUGGCCCACUGCUCAUCCGGCAAGCGCUGCACCCAGAAGCCUCCAAGAAGAACCUGGUCCUCUCCGAUGACUUCUUCUCUUUCCAUGACCUGCGCAAGGAGUUUCACACCCAGCACCCAGAAGCCGGCCCCCCUCACAGUCUUACCCUUCACUCCAUGGCUGAUUACCUGAGCCUGGGAGCUGACACGGAUGCAGCAGAAGAUGACUUUGGGGUGUGGGACGUGAGGAUGAUGGUGGCAAUUUUCCACAGUCUGCGCUCCAAGGACCAUGGCACCAACGAUGGAUUUACUGAGCCCGAGACAGUGAACUACAAAUAUGAGACUGGCCCUUGCAGCAGUAAGUCUGAGGCAGUGGACAAUGAGACUGUGAUCCGGGCAAGGGGGCUGCCUUGGCAGUCAUCUGACCAGGACAUUGCGCGUUUCUUCAAGGGGCUCAACAUUGCCAAGGGAGGCGUGGCGUUGUGUCUGAAUGCCCAGGGCCGCCGGAAUGGAGAGGCCCUUGUUCGCUUUGUCAACUCUGACCACAGAGACUUGGCCCUGGAGAGGCACAAGCACCACAUGGGAAGCCGCUACAUUGAGGUCUACAAGGCAACAGGGGAUGAAUUCCUGAAGAUCGCAGGGGGCACAUCAAAUGAGGUGGCCCAGUUCCUAUCCCGGGAGAACCAGGUGAUCAUUCGCUUGCGGGGGCUGCCGUUCUCGGCCACACCAGACGAUGUGCUGGGCUUCCUGGGGCCCGAGUGCCCGGUGACAGGUGGCCCUGAGGGUCUGCUCUUUGUCCGGUACCCGGACGGGCGGCCCACGGGCGAUGCCUUUGCCCUCUUUGCCUGUGAGGACGCGGCCCAGAGCGCGUUGCGGAGACACAAGGGCAUCCUAGGCAAACGAUACAUCGAACUCUUCCGCAGCACCGCUGCCGAGGUGCAGCAGGUUCUGAACCGCUACCUGUCGGCACCACUGAUUCCGACGCUGCCACCCCCCUUGUUGCCUGUGCUGCCCCCGCCGUACGCGCUGGCGGGCAGCUGUGUGCGGGACUGCGUGCGGCUGCGAGGGCUGCCCUACACGGCCGGCAUUGACGAUGUCCUGGACUUCAUGGGUGAAGCCACGGCUGACAUCCGGCCCCACGGUGUCCAUAUGGUGCUCAACCAGCAGGGCCGGCCGUCGGGUGAUGCCUUUAUCCAGAUGAAGUCUGCAGAACGGGCACAGGUGGCGGCCCAGCGCUGCCACAAGAAGAUGAUGAAGGAGCGCUAUGUGGAGGUGUUCCCCUGCUCCGGGGACGAGAUGAGUCUCGUGCUUAUGGGAGGUUCUCUGAACCGCAGCGGCCUCUCCCCACCACCCUGCAAGCUGCCAUGUCUGUCCCCUCCCACCUAUGCUACUUUCCAAGCUGCCACAGCCAUGAUUCCAGCAGAGGCUGCUGCUGCUGCUGCGCUGUACCCUUCGCCGGCUCUGCUUCCCACGGCCCGAACCCCCCAGGCCCCUGCCACUGCCCCCACCUCUGUGGCCUAUUACCCAGCACAGGCCACUCAGCUCUACAUGAACUACACAGCCUACUACCCCAGAUCCCCCUUUUUCCUCAGUCCUCCUGUCUCCCCCACCACGGUGGGCUACCUGGCAGCACCCCCAGCAGCUGUUGCUGCAGCCUCAGCCCCCUCCACCCCAGUGCUGCCUCCGGCCGGGGCCCUAGUACGGAUGCAGGGACUGCCAUAUAGCACAGGCAUCAAGGACAUCCUCAGCUUCUUCCAGGGAUAUCAGUAUGCCACCGACGACUACACCGGUUUGAUUCCUGUGAGCGAUCACACCCGAAGUGUGCUGCAGGCGCCAAAAGAGUGGGUGUGCCUGUGACUGGGUGAGAGAGAGAGAGAGAAAGGACCCCUGACAAGCUCCCUGCAGAUACCAUCCUUGUCCUUUAUGCUCUGAGCGGACAGCCAAGUGGGGCAACUCUGGUCACCUUCCCCAGCCUGGACCUGGCACAGCGGGCAGUUUCUGAGCAGCAGGGGCAGCCCCUGGGCAGCUGUCAUGUCCAUCUCUUCCCCAGUGUGACCACGGAAGGGGUGAGGGAGGUCAAUGGGCCAGAUGUGGCCCUCCGCCCUAAACCCCCACCCCCAAAUUUUUCUAACUCCUCAGUCUUCCCCCAUGUCCCAAAGUAAGUGUGUGGGGGAGGAGAAAAUGAAGUUUUGGAAUAUUGUGGAGUCCCCAAACCCUGCGUUUCAUUUUCUUCCCCUCGUUACAUGGGCUGGGAUGUUUUGUGUCUGCUGGGGAGACACUGUGUGUGCGUGUGUGUGUGUGCACGCACACGCGCAACACGCAGAUAAUGCAGGCUUCUGGGGCUGCAGGCCCCCCCACCCCCGACUCUUGUGUUUUGUUUUUUGUCUUUUUGUUUUUAACCUUUGCUACCCUGCUCCAAGUGGGUCAAAGACUUAGCCAUGGGGCCACUGCAAAAGUAGUUUUCUAAUCUCUUCCCUCUCCCCGCCCCCGGCCGCUCCCUUGCCAUACUGCCAAUGGGAAACCCCACCUCAUUCCUGAUUCCUCCCCCCCAACCCCCUGCUGCUCUCCCCUCCUAUCCUGCUGGAGCAUCUCAUUAAGUUAUAUAUUUUUUUAUUUAAGCCACGUGCUCCAGCCAGGGGGAGAGUGGAGGGAGAGAGGAUGGAGGAUGUUUGUUUAUUUUACAUUUGUAUAUUUAGAGCCACUUUAGCAGACCCAACCUAACCAAGCCCAUGUGUGGGAAGUGUCUGUGUGACUCGUAGGUGUGUGUAUGUGUUUUACUCACCAGGCAAUGUCUGUGUGACUGUGUGUGUGUGUUUUACUCACCAAUGUGAUGUCUCCUCUUCUCACCCUCUUUCUUCUCUCCCUCUUCCUUAAAGAAAGAGAUCCUACUCUUUCCACGCCAUCCCACUGUCUGGGGAAGGGGUGGAGGUCUCUGCCCUUCAAGCCCCAAAUCAGGGGUGGGUUGCCAAUAUGGGGUCCCAGGAGCAGGACUGAAUAAAUGUGGAAACUCCCAGCCAA